CUAACACUCGGUUUCGUUGCUUCCUUUCCUCACUGUCAAUUCACCUCACUGGUGGCCAUAAUGAUUCGAACUUCGCAAGCCUUAAAGGAGUACUGACACAAAAAUUUGAAGUCGAGAUAACUUGUGAGAUCGAUUUAGUGGGUCACACACACAUCGUCUAUAAAAUAUCAGCGGCGAAUAUCGCUUAGAACAUAUUUAAAAUCAAUUUUAAAGUACGUGCGCGCAGCCAACCGCAAAACACAGCACCUCGCGACAUGGACAUCACCGGGGUCGGUAAAUAGCCAAAAAAACGCUACGUCAUGUGGCCACGUCACGAAUUUUCGUUGGCUGCCAUGCGGUUUUACACGUGCUUUUCUCCUCUGUUGUUGCUUGUCCUAGCUGUUGUAGUGGUACGCUCUCCCUGUCGCUGGAAGUGCAGUUUUUGUCGUGUCCGUCGGGAUAUUUCCCACACUAUCAGCUUGACUGUGCUGCACUGACCACGCACGAAUUGCGAGUACAGCACCAUGCCGCGUACAUACUGCUGCGUUGACUUCUGCGGAACAUAUUCAGGGUUGGGUAUAACUAUGCAUAGUUUUCCCCGCGAUACCCUUCACUGGCAGAAGUGGACCGAGUUCGUGCGCGCCACUGGACGCUUAGAGUGGACCCCGCAGAAAACCAGCGUUAUCUGCUCCCUUCAUUUCGAGCGUGCAUGCUAUAAAGAAAGCCCGCUGGACUUAACGCAGUCCGAUUUUCCACCAAGACGACGUAUCCUCAAGCCUGGUGCUGUGCCGACUAUUUACGCCACCUUGUGUCCUGCUCCAUUGCCCAAGCGCCCUCGACGACAGUCGUGCUCGGACACGGAGCGUGAGCCAGCUGCCCCCCAUCCCGGGUCGAUGGACCUCAACGCUGACUACGAGAUAAACGAGGCCGCAAAUGCAUCAGGUGAAGUAAAGCUGGAUGCACCAUCCCAGCGCUUCGUUGAAGUUCGUUCCAAGGCCACUCAGGCGGCUCUGAAGGCUACAACAAAAUCUGCAAAGGUGCAAGCAAGCCGAACUGUCAAGGAAGUGGCAUGCCAGACUGAUUUGGAAUUGCCGGACAUCCUGUUGAUGGAGGAAAUGCGUCAGCGGUGUUCCACACCUUUAUGUUCAGAGCCAUCCAUGACCUAUGAAGACAACACUUAUGACAAGACAUAUGAGCCUACAUUGAACAGCUCAGUGGCAUCCUCAGGUGAACCUCUUGCAGCUAGGAAGUUCAUUGUGUACGAGGAAUGCCUGCUGCAGGUAUUCCAAACUUGCAAGACCUGUGGCUUCCCUGCUGAACCUUCACUACAGGUGAAAGGUUCUCUUGUCACUGCUUCUGUGAUAUGCCAGGAAAAGCAUGUGAACAUCUGGCACAGUCAGCCGAAGAAAGGGAAGCGUGCCGUGGGCGACAUUACACUGGCUGCUGCGAUUUUUUUCACUGGCUGCAGCGUAGCGCAGUCCUUGCGUUUUCUUAAGAAUGCGGGCGUAGCCUGCUUCAGCGAGAGGUCGUACCAUCGCUUGCAAAGCAAGUUGUUGCUUCCAGCAGUGAACGAGGUCUGGCAGGAUGAAAAGAGGCGGCUCGUGCAAACGGUUGUGUCAUGUGGAGGAGGAGCAAAAGUAGCAGGCGACAGCCGCGCUGAUUCUCCUGGCUACAGUGCCAAGUAUGGCGUUUACUCAGUGCUGGAGACAAACUUGAAUCGCAUCAUUGAUAUCGAGCUUGUGCAGUGCAACGAGGUAUCCUCAAGCACACACAUGGAGCUUGAGGGUCUGAAGAGGGCUCUCGCCUCCCUUGAUCACAGCGGCAUCAUUGUCACUGAAGCGGUGACUGACCGGCAUCCACAAGUGCGCAGGUACUUCAAGUCUGAGAGGCCUGAAGUGGACCACCUGUUUGAUGCAUGGCACGUCUGCAAAGGGCUAAACAAGAAGCUGUUGCAGGCUGCUAAAUCUACAGGAUGCGCUCCCAUUGGCCUGUGGACACGUUCAAUCGUCAACCACCUAUACUUUUCAGUGCACUGUGGGAAUGGCAGUGGUGACCUUGCCGUGGCUGUGUGGCUUUCUGUAAUGAACCACAUCCAAGAUAAACACCAUGGCCACAGCCUACUUUAUGAUAGAUGCCAGCAUGGCGACCUUGAGCCACGGAAAUGGAUCUUUCCAGCUACCCAUGCUUAUGACAAGCUGUCCAGCCUGUCGACGAACAAGAGGCUUUUGACUGACAUCCGUCAAAUUUCUCCACACAUGCAGACCUUUAGUGUGGAAUCGUUUCAUGCGAUAAUCAAUCGCUUCGCCCCGAAGGCUUAUGCUUACUCCUUCCAUGGAAUGUUUGCAAGGACUGCACUGGCUGCCUUGCAUUACAAUGAAAAUGCCGACAAGGGUCAGGCCGUGACAUUGAGUGGAGAACUUCGCUGGAAGGUGAAGCACCCAAAAGCGCGGAACGGAGAAGCAAGUGUCUCCUCUGUCAAGCAGGCGCCGACUUACGGUUAUGUGAACCGUCUGUUCUGCACACUUGAAGAGUACAUCAAUGGAGGCACUCCAUAUGUCCUUCCAGCGAAGCCACCUCAUGUCACAAGUUCUUCGGGGCCUGUCGACAAGACGUCACUUGUGCAAUCUCGCCUAUCUAGGUUUGGGAAGCCGUAAUUUCCUGAACCCCCCCCCCUUUUUUUGCUAGGUCUCUGCAGUUCAGUUCUUGCACGAGCAUUUCGUCUUCAGCGAUAUCUUGCUGGAGGAACAAUUCGCCUUCCCGAGCGUGUAGUGCGAUCUUGCCAGGGUAUGUUGGUAUGGCACUGCUAGUGAUGUUGAUUGCUGGAGGUGAAGUUCUCUGAGCGAAAUGAGUAGCAGUCCUCAGGUGUUGUGCAGCUGGAUUGCCAAACGCCUGGCCUGAUAUGGAACCGGUUUCUUCUGAAUUGCCUUCCAUUUGGCUCUGAUCACGUACGAUCGUGGUUGUGGGCCAACUUGGGCUACAAUUCCAGGUUCCCAUUUGUUGUUUCGGCGAAAGUACACUUGUUCACCUUGAUUCACGGAAGACAAUGGCUUCGUAUUUGUCUCCAUGACUGUUGCUGUGGUUGGCGAACUUGAAAGCAUUCUUGGACUGCACCACAAUCGUAAAGUGGUUUUAGUUGCUUGGGUGCCACUGGCUUGAGCAUUCUUAUCUUGUGGCCCAUUAGAAGUUCUGCUGGAGACAGUAUUAAAUUGUCCGCUGGAGUGUCCCUCAGCUCCAUGAGAACAAGCGACAGGUCACUACCGUCUUUCAGUGCUUUGGUCAGGCUGGUUUUUUUACUGUUCGUACAGACCUUUCUGCGAGACCAUUGAACUUUGGAUAAUAUGGAGAGCUUGGGUUAAAGGAAAUAUCCCAGCUCCUGAUAAAGUUCUUGAACACUUCAGUGUUGAACGGUGGCCCAUUGUCUCAGAUAAUUUCUUCUGGGAUACCAAAGUGCGCAAAUUCUUUUUUUCAGUAUAAAGAUCACUUUGGCAGCUGAAAUGUCUGUAAUUUGCUCAACCACAAUGUACUUGCUAAAGUAAUCAACUAUAAGCAAGUAAGUGUCAUUGUUGAAGUGAAAAUAAUCUAUGGCAACCAUCUGCUAAGGCGUGGUGGGAAGCUUCCUGUCCAUUAGUGGCUCUCAUUGGUUUGAGCGCUGGUGCUGCUGACAGAAUUUGCAGCUGGUGACCAUUUUUUCGAUGUCUUUGUUGAUUGUCAGCCAAUACAAUGUUGCACGUGCUUUGCUUUUCGUUGAUACAAAGCCUUGAUGUGCUGUGUGAAGUCGUUUCAGAGUAUCUUGUUGGAAGGAUGUAGGAAUGAUAAGGGGUCUUCCACGAAAAAGAAGGCCAUCCGAUAGAUGGAGCUCAUCUUGGCAAUGAGCACAUGGUCUAGCAGGUGGAUCAACACUUUGAUGCUUUGGCCACCCAUGCUGAACAUACUGGGUAACUUUCUGAAGAACUGGAUCUUUUUUUCAUUGCAAUACGAAGCUCUUGCAGCUUUAUAGUUGAAGCAGUGAUCAGAGUCGUCACUCUGCACUGUUCCAAAUCGGAUGUGUCAGUGUGGAGAGAUGUGUCUGCAGCACAUGAAAGGGCAUCUGUGACAGUAAGGUGUCUGCCUGGCACAUACACAAGAUGGACAUUGUAUCUCUGAAGACGUAGAAAUAGACGCUACAGUCUUGGAGUGAUUGAAUCGAAGUCUAUCUUGCAGAGACCAAUCAGUGGUUUGUGGUCAGUGUGCACAGUCACAGGUCGGCCAUAUGUAUAAAAGUUAGUGUUCACAAGCAAACACAACUGCAAGAAGUUCUUUCUCUAUCUGGGCGUAGUUUAUUUGUGCUGAUGUCAGUGACGCAGAGACAUAUGCAACUAGUUGUUGAUUUUGUAGCAGCACUGCAACUAGUUUGCUUGCACUAGCAUCUACAGAGACCAUGACUGGCUCUUUUGGGUGGCUCUUGGUCACACAUGAAGUUCUUAAUUUGAUUUCCUCAGAUUGUGCCGGGAAUAUGACUGCAGCAGCAGAGCUGUUGAGUUUUACUGAGCCAUCUGUGUAUGCAUGUUGCCGGAAUCUGUGCACAUUGUGAAUGUGCUCCAAAGUCGCUUGUUUCAAAGCUUGCAAUGGCGCUCCAGCUUUCUUUCCAAUUCCUGGAAUUAUCAGUUGAACUUGCGGCCGGUGCAGACACCACAAUGGAUCUGACAAUCGUGUAGCGGGCGUAAAUUCUGAUGGCAAGUACGACUGAUGUCUUACAAUAGUUUUAGCAAAAGCUGAAAGUGGCCUUUGUGCUGGCAAGCAAGCAAGAUGGUGUGAGGGAAUCCGAGUCAGGUGUCGGAUGAGCGCUCUCAGGACAUCUGUAUCAAUGUAUACUGUCAAAGGAGCGUCUCUGGCUAUGGCCACUGUCGCAAUCUAUGACAUAGUUUUGGGAAGACCGAGACAAGUCCUGAGUGCUUGGGCUUGCACGCUCUGGAGUUUGCGAAUAUUCGUGGUGCAAGUAUUUCCUAUUACAGGUAAGCUGUACCGCAGGAAGUCCAAGAACAGUGCUUUAUAUAGUUGCAACAUUGACGGUACUGUUGCGCCCCAGGACUUGCCGCCUAGAAAAGCAAGAAGGUCCACAAUGGCGGCCAACCGCUUUGUCAUGUACGAGAUGUGAGGGCUCCAAGACAAGUCUCUAUCAAUGAUGACGCCAAGAAAUCGGUGUGUUCGUCUAUAUAGUAUAAUUUCGUCAUUAAUCCGCAAAACAUACGGGACUAUCGAUUUGCUAGUAAAAGCAACAAGUGCACAUUUCUCAGCAGAAAGCUCCAGGCCUUGUCUUCCUAGGUAUUUUGACAAAGCCGUUGAGGCUUUCUGAAGUCGUGCGCGAACUUGUACACUUGUCACGCCUGAAGCCCAUAUGCAAAUGUCGUCCGCAUAUAUGGAGAGUUGUACGGUUUGCGGUAAUGAAGCAGCGAGACCAACGAGCACCAGGUUGAAAAGGGUAGGGAUGAAGUCGAGGUUUUGACGGAAGCCCGUCUGGUCGGGAGGCAUCAUGAAGAAGGGUAAAAAAAAACACCGACCACUGAAUGAAUACAAGAAAAUACGUUUUGGCUCCCCUGACGGGAGCCUUGUUCACAAUGAAAUCAAGGGCGUGCGAUACAAUGUUUAUAUGGUUUUAAAAUAUGUUGUAAGCAGCGCGUGUAGAUGGGAGGGAGGGUUCCGUCAUUCCGGUUGAGGGUGUUAUCUGUCAUUUGGAUUAGGAGAGAUUCCAAGUGGUGUCUUGACGUCAAAUUUCUUUCUUUUUCUAAUAUCUUCGCGUUAUCCCAAUCAAUCUUGUGGUCCAAGUCAUCUGCAUGCUCUGCCAAGGCGUUUGAGGCGACUUUUUUCUUUUUUACAUCGUUGAUAUGCUGCUUCAACCGCUGUUCGAAAUUUCCUGUCUCGCCGAUAUAUACGCAGUCGCAGUCUUCACAUGGAAUCCCGUAGACGAUGCCAGGAAACUUAGUCUUUGGAAGCUUGUCUUUCACGUUUACCAGCCGGUGGCGCAAUUUUUUUGGGGGGGGGGACGAUACGUGAGCUACCUGGACGUCAUAACCGCGUAGAACGCGGGCUAAGCCCUCGCUCACACCGGGCACAUACGGUAUGGGGGCGCGUUUUCUUGGGAGCACACAGUCAGGCCUUGGGGGCUGAGACAGACGGCGUUCAACCGAGUUCACAAACGACUUCGGGUAGCCACAUGCCGAGAGAUUACGGUGGACCUCUUGUAGGUCGGCAGCACGGCUUUGUGGCGUUGUGCAGAUACGCUUGGUUCUGCCAACAAGAGAGGCUACUACCGAUCUCUUCUGGUUUAUCGGGUGCACUGAAUUAAAAUGCAGAUACCUGCCUGUGUGUGUGCUCUUUCUGUACACGGUGAAUGCCAGACUGCGCCUGUCACGCUUUACGAGGACGUCCAGGCCAGGCCUUUAACAUCAAGAAAUAGGGCCGCAGUGAUUCGUUUCAGAUGUUCCUGGUGUUGUACAUAUGUUACCAGGUCGAUAACGCUAUCUAUUGACGAGCGGCCACGUCGAAAACCAGCCAUUACCUCUGGAUAGACGUUGUAAAAUUCCAAGUACCAUUCUAACCGUGUAAGGAUCAUUCUCUCCAUUACCUUGCCGACACAGCUGGCCAGUGCUACUGGACGGUAAGAUGACAGUUCCAACGGGGAUUUGCCAGCCUUGAGGAGAGGAACAAGCCGACUGGAUUUCCACUUUGUAGGGACCAGGCCGUCACGUCAUGAUGCGUUGUAUAGGCCAAGAAGGGCAUCUCUGGCCUCUUGACCAAGGUUUGCAAGCACAGAGUAUGUGAUGCCAUCGUGUCCUGGUGAUGAAGAUAGCCUGCACCCAGCAAGUGCGGCCUCCAGUUCUUCGAUGGAGAAAGCAGCGUCCAUACGAGGAUCUCGGGAAUGGGAAUAAGUGCGCAAGGUGAAUACGUGAGCGCCGGACCCGCGAUCCUUGCGCAGUAAUCUUCGGCUACCUCGACUUCUCAGCGUCCUUGAUGUAGGGCUAAACUUAAAUGGGCGACGCUGUUGAGGAGGUGAUAGAAGUCCACGGAUUGUUCUCCAGGCAACCGACAAAGGUUUACGCGGGUCGAGAGACUGACAAAACGAUUUCCAGCGUUAAUUUUACAGUGCAGCAAGGCGACGCUGAAGUUUCUUUUGAAUGCGUCUGGCCUCUCUAAGGUCGUAUAAUGAUUUAGUCCGUCGCUCCGCUCGCCGGCGGAUAGCACGGAGGCUCUGCGUUUCCGAAUCAAAAUCUGUGUAUUUCUCUAAUGGCUGAUAUGAGCGCAUAGCAUCCUGCAUAGCCUUGGCGAUCUCAAAUUCUAGUGUGGACGAAAUGCCUUUGUGGCAUGCGUCUUCCAUAAGCGAUUUAAACACGGGCCAAUCUAUUGUUUGUUUAAAAUUUGAUGGAACGGAUUUUAUCUUCAUGUAGGUAGGAAUGUGGUCGCUUCCGUGGGUUUCUAUAUCUGCGAACCAAUGGUGACGUUGUGACUGUAGACGCUGUGGUUUGUGUCAGAAGUUCUUGGCCUGUUCGUCAUUCUCGACCACCUCAGUGACGUUAUGUAUGUAAUCUCUCGUCUCACAAGUACCCAUCGCCACUUUAGUAAGAGACAGUUGACUUACGCCGCACGCCUCAAGCUUUACCACCAUUGAUCCUCUGAUUGACUUGCCCACUGGGCAUCGUCUGCGAAUGGGGAAAUGAAACGUGCUAAUACAAAUGAAGACAAUGAAGUUGGACUGUGCUGCGAUUAUCUGCGUAGAUGGCCAACCUUGAGCUAUCAUCUCUUAUCCUGUAAAUAAUUGUGACACAUCGUCCCAAUAUUUAUCUUGGUUUUCUUUUGGAGCUUGUUACGUUUCUUAACCUAAUAAACAUUUCGGCUGCUACUUCUGCUUUUUGAUGUUCUGUAACAUUGUGUUUACACUAGUUAUUGCUGUGAAAAGGCCAUGACAUAUUUGUCUGACUACAGUAUUCUCAGUUUAUCAUUGUAACCGUAAGUAGAGAGCCCAAUACGGUUACAAAAAAAGAAAACUCGAAACUUUCUAUUUGAAAUUGGUGCCUCUAAGCCCCUUCUGACAGCAACUGCCACUUUCGCAUGGUCUGUGCAACAUCAGGAAGUGAGGGGCUACUACUUUGUUGUCUCUCGUGUUUUAUCUUUUUGAACCACCUUGUAACCUCACCCACUUUGUUUCUGCAUCAUUCUGACAAAAAACAUGAAAAGUGGGCAGUUCUGCCAUAGUUAAUGAAAUCUUCUCUAAUAUAGCACGACUUUGCAUUAGCCUUGGCUGAAAUGGCAGAGAGGAUGAUGGCACAUGACUAGAACAGGGGCAGUUGUCUACUCUAAUACGCGUCGUCUACUCUUGUGCCAUUUGUUGCAAGAUGAACAUGUACUAAAUAGGACAAGAACCCAGACUUUGCACAAGCCAGUUUCCUAUUUCUGAGAGCUGCCAAUGUAGUUAAAUACACACAACUACUAAGCCCUCUAAAAAUGUUUUGUGUAGCUAUUCCUCAGUGCAAUUGUACAUGACACGAAUACAUAAUGCGCUCCACUCGCUGCUAUAAUGUUGCACUUGGGAGUACGCAUUUGGUAUGCGCGUGUAAAGGAAGCGAAUAAUUUCUAAAUGCAUGUCAUGUCUCCGAGGGCUUCUUGUUUUCAUAGACCGAAAUGUAUUGCAUGAAUUGUAUGGUAAGAAUAAAUGAAUAUGUGAUAGGCAGAAGUGAGAAUGGCAAUGACUGAACUGGUGAGAUUACAUAUAGCCCUUCUAUUCACUGAACUUGAAAUAUUCUACCAGUCUAUGCUAUCAUGUCAGCUGUAGAUGUGUAGGCCACAACUGAUGCAGACCUUGGUCGUCGCCCUGUUAGCAAUAAUGCUAUAUAUUUUGUGAAUAAAAACUAUG